CAGUGCAUUGCUUUACAGCCACUUCCUAAAUACAGAUGGCCACAGUGUUUACACCAAAAUGAGAUGAGAUAAAAUAAGUUCCCUCUGUCAAAAUAGCCAGAUGGCAUUUUGUCGACAUAGGUAGUCCUUUUUAGCUUGAUUUCCUUAUGCAAUUAGUAGGUUGCUGAAGGUUGUACGCUCGCAAAUCUCUUUUUACACUCAGCACUAGCUUGAGCUAGACAGUUAACUAACGUUAGCUAGCUACUGCACUGUAGCUAGCCAGGUAUUUGUGCCUUGAUUGGCGAAUUAUAUUUUACUUUAGUAUAGGGUGGCAGUAAGUCUGCUAGCUAGUAUCGAUUACGAACAGGUAACUUUAGCUAGCUUGCUUGCCUCAAACCACAGUCAAAUAGCUAACUAACUUGACUUGCUAACGUGGCUAGCCACACAGCUGGAUCUUUCCAAAAUGUGAGUUGUCUCUUGCCUUGCUCAUCAGCUAGUGUUUAUUUUUGUAUUAUUUUUGUACAAUUCGAAGAUGUACACCUUAUUAUCUGGUCUGUACAAAUACGUGUUCCAGAAAGACGAAUACUGCAUUUUGAUCCUAGGACUGGACAAUGCAGGAAAAACGACCUUUUUGGAACAGACCAAGACCAAGUUCAGUAAGAACUACAAGGGGAUGAAUUUGUCCAAGAUCACCACUACAGUUGGACUUAACAUCGGCACAAUCGAUGUGGGCAAAGCUCGUCUAAUGUUCUGGGACCUUGGUGGUCAAGAGGAGCUUCAGUCGCUAUGGGACAAAUACUACGCCGAGUCCCACGGAGUGAUCUAUGUUAUAGACUCCACCGAUGAGGAGCGACUAGCAGAAUCAAAAGAGGCAUUCGAGAAAAUGAUCAGCAGUGAGGUUUUGGAAGGUGUGCCUCUCCUGGUGCUCGCCAACAAACAGGAUGUGGAGAACUGUAUGUCUGUGCCAGACAUCAAAACCGCUUUUAGCGACUGCGCUCCAAAGAUCGGGAAACGAGAUUGUCUGGUGCAGCCUUGCACAGCCCUAACAGGGCAGGGGGUUAACGAAGGCAUCGAGUGGAUGGUGAAAUGCGUCAUCAGAAACAUUCACCGGCCACCGAGACAGAAGGACAUCACAUAGAGCAAGCCAUGACCUCCCCACUAGGGCUCCCACAACUGGGUCCUAUUUAUUAGGCAACAAAUGGGAGAAAACGUACUGAAACAAGAAGGGACUGCCAGUCCAAUAAGAACCAUUUUCAGUUAAAAUACGCUUUAAAACAUUUCCCUACGUUCCGCCCUGUUGAAUAUGACCCAGGCGCCCGUUUUGCUACAGUGUGACUUUCAGAAACCGAGAUGGAUUCUAUCCAUUCCCCGGCAAUGAACUUGUCUCUCCUCCUAUUUGAGUGGGUGUUGGGAACUCAAGCCUAGUUUUCAGAUACAGUUUAGCAUCAGGGAGAAACAAUUUAUUAUUGUAUAUUAUUUGGAUAUGUACUCUGAUUGGGGUGAAACGCUUUUUGAGGCAGUAUUUUAACCUCCGCUAAAGUGUGAAUGAUGUGUGUCUUUCUGAUCUAAGUAUAACAGUGUCAUCAAGUCGAUAAACAAAUGUUAUAGCUCAA